AUGGCCACCACAAAUGGGAAUGUGAAUAGGGUCGGACCCGACAAGGUCGAUGUCCUCAUCGUAGGAGCCGGUCCUGCUGGCCUAAUGAUGGCUGAGUGGACAGCCAAGUGCGGUGUCAAGACCAGAACCGUUGACAAGCGCGGCACAAAGAUCUUCAAUGACCAAGCGGAUGGCUUACAGUGUCGCACGUUGGAAAUUUUCGACUCGUUUAAAUUCGGUCACCGUGCCUGGAUUGACUCAAACCACAUGCUGGAAAUCUAUCUUUAG